AUGGCAGGUUUUCAGACCACUCCAUGGAGGUUGAUUUCUGGAGUUUUAGGAGUAAUAUGCCUUUUGUUGAUGGCAGCUUUGGGAGUUUUGUUGAAAAAUUCACUUACUAAACAAAGUGUUCAGCUUGGACCCUCCACAGAACUCAGUGAAGAAUCUGGCUGCUAUUUUUGCCAAGAAAAGUGGAUUGGCUACCAAUGCAACUGUUAUUUCAUUUCUAAUGAAUUAAAAAAAUGGAAAGACAGUAGGGAUUUUUGUGUUUCUCAUAAUUCCAGUCUACUUCAGAUACAAACCAGAAAUGAACUGGAUUUUAUGAAGUUCAGUUCCAGUUCUUACUGGAUUGGACUUUCUUACAGUGAAGAACAUCAUGCCUGGUUGUGGGAGGACAAUUCUACUCUCUCCCAAGAUCUAGUUCCUUUAUUUCACACUGUAAAUCCAAAGAACUGCAUAAUAUACAGCCCAAGAAGAGGUGCUCUGGAUGAAGACUGUGAAAGUACAUAUAGUUACAUCUGUAAGCAACAGUUUAUUUAG